AUGGUUCUAUUUCACUUUGGUAACUCCACCGAUGCCAAAAUAAGAAGCGGUACGUCUAAUCAUUACAAUCCAUCCAUAACCAUCUCUUCCCUACUAACCUCAGCCAUCAAUAAUGAGCCUCUUGGCCCCUACAACAAAGAACUCUUGGAUUUGUCCAACAUAACCUAUAACCCCAAGGCUGUGGUGAUCGUCGAGGAUGUGCUCCGGAAGAAAUUAGUUCGAACCAUCGCUUCGGGAGAUAAACCUCGCCGACUGAAUUCUUCCGUAUCUCAUUCGUUCCAUUCGGGCCAACUGAAUGAGGGUACAGGAAGUAAGUCUCGGACUAUGAGAAGAUCCGCUAGUGUGCACAGCUCCGGUUCCUCGGAUACGAAGUCGGACUUAGUAGUGUUGAAAUGCUUGACAGUAAUGGUGUAUCUCUGCCAAUAUGGAUCGGGGCUGUUCAUUAAAUGGCUUCGGUCGGAGUACCGCGACAUCAUUGUUCCGCUCGGAAGACUAGCGUUUCAUCCUCAGUAUCAGAAUGCCAUUUACCUGAAGAUUUCGCUUUUGGUGCGAUAUUGUGAAAAUGACGAUCAAUUGGCAUCGAGCCGAAAUUCUUUGGACGACGUGAGGAAGGAAAUUCGUCCGGGUAUUGUAGAGCAUUCGGUCAACGUUAAGCGUACUACAAGUCCGGUGCCUUUAUCGUUAACGAUGGGAAAAAUGGGGAAAAUGGGCAAAAAGUCUUUAGUACAUUAG